AUGAAAAUGCUAGAUGCUCACAUAGACCAGAUAUCGCUAUGCGCUGCUUCUAUUGCAGAUCUACCUUUUCCCCCACCGAAGAUCUUUACAAAUGCACUGCUCCAGCCUCAUGAUAUCACAGCUCUAAUACGCGACACUGAGCUGCAUGAACGUGCACUGUUUUCUGUCCCACCGCCUCCUCCGGCUCUCAAAGCACAGGACCCGACCUCGACCUCGAAUCGCCGGAACACAACUUUCAAUGUAAAUGGAGGUGAUGGGAACAUUAUUGCUGGCGGCGGCGCGAACGCCGUGAGAGCACCGCGAAGAAAUACUGCAGUAGCAGCGGUACUCGGUACGGAGCUAGUUGAGAGAAUCCGAAGAGGCGGUGGAGGUGGUGCAGGCUCAGGAGUGGGAUAUCGAUCCUAUGAUAGCACCAACAGGCAAUCAGAGGUGGACGUCGAAACACUGCUGGAGGGGGCAGAGAAACUUCUUGGUGUAUACCCUAUUCCAGGCGCAAGAGAGCGAAUCGCAGGCCUGCGACAACGACAUAACCGACUUCAAGACUCCAUUGAACAUUACGAGUAUCGAAUUUCUGAGCAGGUGGCUCAAUUAGAUAAGGUUUACUCUGACCGAGCACGAGACUACGAUAACGAGCUUGACGACACAAACGUAGAUUCUGACCCACCUGCUUUCGUACCAAUGACCGAGGAGGAUCUCAAGAAGGAGGAGGAAGAAGUCAGAUUCCUGGAAAGAAAGAGAAAGGGACUGGAAGAUCGUGUUCAUAACAUGAACCGUGACAUUUCGGGGGUUUUGAGGUAG